ACUACAGUACGGACAUCAUCCACUUCGUAGAUAAUAAUUGUAUGGAGCAAAUUCAUUAGAUCAUCACUACUUUGCUAAUGUGCGUGAGUGUUCAUGUUUGUGUAAAGUUGGUGAUUCGAAAGCUAAAACGAAUCUCCCGUUAUCGUUACCCACAACCUACUUUUUCGUUCAAAGGUUCUCUACUUUUGAUUAUAUACCUCAAGCACGUGAAGAAAUUGAGGGAAAAUAGAAGAAGAAAGGUUUUGGGGGAGUAAAAAUUACCUUUCAUGGCUGAUCGAAACCUGGUGCCCGUUGCACAUAGGAUCCUUCAGUUGUUGCGAUCUUCAGAUUUGAAGGAGAUUGGUGUUGUCGGUGAGUUGUCGAAUCUUAAAGAGAAUAUUUUGGCUGUGAAUCCUUUACUUUGUGAGUUCCAGCAGGAUGAUAGAGAAGAAUUCAAACGUUUACUUGGAAAGCUUGAAGGUGCAUUUCAUCGUACUGAAAAUUUGUUGGAAGAAAUGUUGACAGUGGUUCGGAGUAGACGUGUCAUGUCUGCAGCCGAAAAGGUACUCACUUUCUUCUCAUUCUCAAGCCCACUUUAUGUUAGCUACAAACUUUGUUACAAAAUCGAUGAAGUAAAGAAAACAGUAGAUCAGAUGCUCUUAAAAAUAAAAGAACAAAAAGAUGGAACUUUUACUGUGGCUUCUAAAGAAGAAGAAGAGGUUAUAGGGAGGGACAAUGACAAAACAGAGAUCAUGAAACUUAUACUGCACCAACCAGCAAAAAUAGAUACUGAAGAAGAGAAUGUUAGGGUGAUUCUUGUUGUUGGCGCUAAAGGAAUGGGAAAAACAACCCUUGCUCGAAAUGUCUACAAUGAUGACAAGAUUCAACAAACUUUCGAUCUGCGUCUAUGGGCUUUCACAGGUGAUGAUUGUAACACGACAAAGAUUGUCAUGGGGCUUCUUAAUAGUGCAGGUGUAGGUGAACCAGCUAAUUGUUAUCCUGAGAUGGAUCGGUUGCAGAAGGAACUAAGAAAAGCAAUAGACGGAAAGAGAUGCUUCAUUGUAAUGGAUGAUAUGGUAGAUGAUAGUCAUCCUUUUUGGCACAGCUUAAAGGACUUGUUAAUGGGUUGUGCGAAGGGUACCUGUGUGUUACUCACUACCUGCAGUGAAAAGGUUGCUAACAUAACACGUACGGGUUCUCUUCAAUCCUAUCAUUUGGAUCGUUUGACUGAAGAAGACUCUUGGGUUCUUCUCAAAAGAAGAGCUCUUAUAAGCGAAAGCCACCCGAACGCCCCAGAGUUCGAGCAAAUAGGGAGAGAUAUUGCAGCAAAAUGUGACGGAGUUCCUUUAUUUAUAUGUGUCAUCUCAAGUAUUCUGCGUCUUAAAGUUGACCUUUAUCACUGGCAGGCAUUUAAUGAUGUAGAAAAAAUCAAUGCAGAACUGAAGAAGUUAGUCUUCCUGUCGGUAGAGAAUGGCGAAGAGACCGGAGUUGCAAAUGGACCGUGCAAACAAACUCACUCUUUUGUACCUCAAGAAAUGUUUAUUGGGAGAGAUGAUGACAAAAAAGAAAUCAUGGUGAAGUUGUUGGAUGGCUACCCUUACUUGGUGGUCAUUCCCAUUGUGGGCAUGGAAGGAUUGGGAAAAACAACACUUGCUAAACACAUUUUCGAUGACGACAAGGUGCAAUGUCAUUUUGAUCUUAAAAUCUGGGUGCUUGUCAGUGAUAUCUUAGAUAAGAAAGUAAUUGUUGAAAAGAUCAUUCUUUCUAUUACAGGUAAUGAUCCAAAAGACCUUGACCUUGUGAUUGAUCAAUUGGUAAUUCUUCUUCAUCUACAAAUACAACAAAAGCGGUAUCUCCUCGUUCUUGAUGAUUAUUUGAUAGAGAAUGAAAGCGAAUGGCAGGAUCUAAGAGACUUGUUAUCAGUUGGUGCAAAUGGAAGCAGAAUUAUUAUAACUACCCGUAGUAAAGAGGCUGCAAACAAUACAGGAGGGAAUCAAAAAUAUGCUUUAAAGAAGCUAGAUGAAGAUAAUUCUUGGUUACUAUUUCAGAAAGUUGCCUUUGUGCGUGAAGAACAUUCAACCGACCCUCAUAUUAUGAAAAUUGGAAAAGAGAUAGUGAAAAUAUGUUGGGGAAUCCCUCUCAUCAUACGGACAAUUGGAAGCAUAUUGUUUUCAAAAAAUCCAGAAACUGAGUGGCAGUCAUUCCAUGAGAAGGAGCUUUCAAAGAAAUUAGAUGAGGGUGUUUCUGAUGUAUCAGCAGCUCUUCAGUUGAGUUAUGGUCAUUUGCCCUAUACUUUGCAAGAUUGUUUGUCUUACUGUGCUCUUUUUCCUAAAGAUUAUGAAAUUGAUGUAGAAUCACUCAUAACUUUGUGGAUGUCGCAGGGCUUUAUACAGCCUGAAGAAAAACAACAUCCAGAAGACAUUGGUUAUGAUUAUUUUAUAGAUUUACUUCGAAGAUCUUUUUUUCAAGAAACUAAGAAAGAUGAGCUGGACAAGAUAACAAAAUGCAAAAUGUUAAAUGCAAUGCAUGAUUUUGUGAGAAAAGCACAUCCGAAUGCUUGUGCUACUAUACGUUGUGCUACUAUACGUUUAAAGGAUGACGAAUUUGGUGACUCACUUCGCCAUCUAUCAUUCGAUUUUCAUUUAUAUUCUUCUUGGCAGAUUCCAAUUCCAGAAAAUAGAUCAAAAAUGGUUCGGAGUUUUAUUUUGCCUAAUCAACAUCGAUGGACUGUUGAAGGGAGAUCAAGGGAGUCAGUUUGUGACAAAAUUCUGAAACUCGAGAUGUUACGGGCGCUGGAUUUGCAUAACAUUGGCAUUGAGGUAUUGCCAAAUUCUAUCGGUGAGUUGAAGUUUCUAAGGUAUCUUGAUCUUUCUCAAAAUGUGAAUAUCAGGGCAUUACCAAAUUCUAUUAGUAGACUGCAAAAUUUGCAAACUCUGAAACUCAACCAUUGCAGUAAUCUCCAAAAAUUGUCCAGAGGCAUUACCAAGUUAGCCAACUUGAGAAAGCUCGAAUGCGAGUCAUGCUAUUGUUUGACUCAGAUGCCACGAGGACUACGUCGACUAUCUGAGCUUCGAACAUUAUCAGAAUUUGUGUUGAAUAAGGGCACUACCUCUGUCUCAAAACAAAGUGGCAAGCUCGAUGAACUAAGUGGUCUAGAUUACUUGAGAGGCAAGCUCACAAUUAGAAAUUUGAGUUUUCGGGAAGAAGAUAAGACAGCAGAAGCAAAGUUGGACAAAAAGGAACAUCUUACAUCCUUAAUAUUGAUCUGGAAUGUUGUCGAUCCUAUUAAUCAAGCUUAUUGUGAAGAGACACUAGAAGAUCUUAAGCCACAUCCAAGUCUUAGAGAAUUGUCUCUAUCUGCUUAUGGUGGCAUCAAGUUUUCGAGUUGGCUUCCAUUGUGUAAGAGCCUUGUCAAAUUAUCUUUAUCGAGAUGCAAUAGUUGUCAGUGCCUACCGCCAGUGAGCCACUUGCCUAAUCUUGAAGUAUUGGUAGUAGAUGAGUUGAUGAAGCUGGAGUACAUUUUGGAGGAAACAUUGAUGACUAACGAAUCAACAACAUCAUUUUCGUCCUUGAAAGAGCUUCGGCUUACUAAUUUGCCAGAACUUAAGAGUUGGCGGAAAGAGGCUGAAGAAGAAGAAACUACAUUUACUUGUCUUUCUAAAUUAGUUGUUGAGGAUUGCCCCAAACUGACUUCCAUGCCUCUGUUUCCGUGUCUAGAAGAGCUACUAGUUCUGAAAAACACUAGUUGGGAGCCAUUCAAACGGACUUUGGCAGCAAAAGAAGAGAAAGUAAUUCCAAGGACAUCUGAAUUUGAAGCACCAUCUUCACCAUCAACAUCUUUCAUAGACCCCCCUCUCUCCAAACUGAAGACACUUCAAAUCAUUCAUAUGUCCAAAUGUGAAAGGAAUAUGUGGGAGUUCCUUCGUAGCCUCCGUUCUUUGACUUUUGAUCAUAUCGAUGACAUUAAAGCUCUCCUUAAAGGACUUAAACAAGUGACUACCCUUCAACAACUCUGUAUUUGGCACUGCCACGGAUUGAUGAAAAUUCCCAAGUGGAUAAGCAACGGCACAUCACUUAAGAAAAUUUCAAUAAAGGUCUGCCCCAAUUUGACAAUAGGACCUGAUAAACUGAGCCUAAUUGCAUCCUCAAAAGUGGAGAUUGAGCACUGCCCUCAAGUUUCUCACAUUGAAAGCAUAUUAAAAAUCUGUACAAGUCCACAAGAUAGUUUAAAAUCCUCUGUUGGUUGUUACAGGACCGACUAAAAAAAGAUCAAGAAAUAGGAUUGUGCGGAAUAUGGCGGCCACGAUGGUAAGCACAGAGCUUCUUUUGCUUUCUGAUAAUUUUACAAAAUCUGUAAACUCCUCCAUUUUAUCUCUUGUUAUAGAUUUCAUAGUUUUUAGCUCUCUCCGUAUGAUUGUUAUAAUUAUUUUAUAAAAGCGAUAGCUUUCCAUACUGUUUUUUUAUUCAUUAAUUCUCAAUGACAAAGAAAGAAAUAAAGUUGUGUUAA